UUAUGUCUAAUUUGAAUUUGAUUUAGGUUUUUAGACAUCAAUUAUUAAUUGGAGCUGUUAGAAAUCGAAUUAUAGGGCUUACCGUGUUUUCAUAAGAUGCAAAUAUUCGUCAAGACUCUUACUGGCAAGACCAUCACUCUCGAAGUUGAGAGUUCAGAUACCAUAGACAAUGUUAAGGCAAAAAUUCAAGACAAGGAAGGAAUCCCACCUGACCAGCAGCGUCUGAUUUUUGCUGGCAAGCAGCUGGAGGAUGGGCGUACCCUUGCUGAUUACAACAUCCAAAAGGAGUCCACCCUCCAUUUGGUGCUCCGUCUCCGUGGUGGGAUGCAAAUCUUCGUCAAGACUCUCACUGGAAAGACAAUCACCCUUGAGGUGGAGAGCUCUGAUACUAUUGAUAAUGUCAAAGCCAAGAUUCAGGACAAGGAGGGUAUCCCCCCAGACCAGCAGAGGCUCAUUUUUGCUGGAAAGCAGCUUGAAGAUGGCAGAACUCUUGCCGAUUACAACAUCCAAAAAGAGUCAACUCUUCACCUUGUCUUGCGCCUUCGUGGUGGUAUGCAGAUUUUUGUGAAGACCCUCACCGGAAAAACAAUUACUUUGGAGGUAGAGAGCUCAGAUACUAUUGACAAUGUGAAGGCCAAGAUACAGGACAAGGAGGAUCCCCCAGACCAGCAAAGGUUGAUUUUCGCUGGAAAGCAGCUUGAAGAUGGCAGGACAUUGGCUGAUUAUAAUAUCCAGAAGGAAUCCACCCUUCAUCUUGUUCUUCGUUUGAGGGGAGGUAUGCAGAUCUUUGUGAAGACUUUGACAGGAAAGACCAUUACAUUGGAGGUGGAAAGUUCAGACACCAUUGAUAAUGUUAAGGCAAAAAUCCAGGACAAGGAAGGAAUCCCACCAGAUCAACAGAGGUUGAUCUUUGCUGGGAAGCAAUUGGAGGAUGGAAGAACCCUUGCUGACUACAACAUUCAGAAAGAGUCUACUCUUCACCUUGUUUUACGUCUUCGUGGUGGAUUCUAAGUAUGUCAGUGUUGCAAAGCUGUUUUAGGAUGUGUGGAGGCUCUACAGAUCUUUGGUUUUAUGUUUUAGAACUUGGGUCUAUGGUCUGUAACGGCCUUUGAAAAACUAUAGUUUGAUGUGGGUUUAUGUUUGUUUCUGUUGUUUUACUAAAUAAAUGUGGAUAAUUUGCUUUCA